AAAAAAAAUAAAUAAAUAAAUAAAAAUUAAAUAACAUUUAAAACAUUGUUUACUGAUUAAUAAAAUGGCAUCUGCAUCUAGUUCGAGUGCCCGUCACCUCUUCGAUGAAUCCAAGAAACGCCUGUGUGCCCGCGUGGGGAUAAAUGUGAAUAAUUUGGGCUCUGUGGCACGACAGGUUGUGCGUGCAUCCAAAUCCAAUGAGAUUAUGCAUCAAACGCUGAAGAACUUCACGCAGGUGGACGUCGUGUCGGACUACAGCAAUCAGAAUCUGCAAAAGAUGAGCCUGAUCCUGCAGCACGUGGGCUACCAGUAUGAUGUGAUGCAGGACAGUGUCAAUCAUUUGGAUUACCUCAAGGAGCAGGUGACGGCCAUGGAAAGAUGAUUGGAAGAGCAAAAGCCUAGGCAUUAGAAGCACA